AUGGAUCCAACUCUCCUCAUAGGCGACAUUGUCGAACGGGAUACCGAUUCCAAGCACAAACCUGUCCAGUUCCCCUCUCCUUCGUCCUCCACCGGUUUUCCCCAGCACAAAAGACAAUGGAAGUCGUCGGCGUUCAUGCAGCGACGAGCCGCCAACGCUUCUGGCGACGUCCCCACGCAGAAACCCCCACGCGGAAUCACAACGUCGGCGCCUCUCGCCCGGUUCGGCAUGAAGGGAGAACAAAGUUUUGAAGAGGCCGAGAUGAAACGCAUUCAUGACGAGAACCGGCAGAAGAUUGCGAGCAUGAGCCCCGAGGAGAUCGCUCAGGCGCAGGACGACAUCCUCAACGGCUUGAACCCGUCCCUCGUGCAACGGCUCCUACGACGAGCCAACAUUGACGAAACGAACGGCCCCUCUCCGUUCGAUGCUCCGCAAGACGAGCGGCAGGGCUUGCCUCGAGCCGAUGUCGAGCAACCCCCCCGUCACGCCGGGGCGGAGCCUCCCGCUGCCGCCGAUGCCGACGCCGCCGAUGCCAGCGACGCCUCUGCCUCGACGGAGCGGAUGCGAGGAGACGACGACAUGAUUCAGGAGCCGACAAGAAUCCCGACGGAUUUGUUUCCCAUCACCGACCCACCGUCGGAGAAAGCACCCUCGUCCUUUCCCGACGCCACCCUUGCUCCGGACGUCGACCCGUCCGAUCCAAACUUCCUCUCGGCUCUCCACGAAAAGUACUUUCCCGAUCUGCCGGCAGAACCAAGCAAGCUGGCGUGGAUGGCCCCGGUGCCGAGCAAGGACAGCCCUGCGGACAAGGAGUCGCCCUACUAUCCUCAUUCCGAAAUUGCCCUCGCAGCCCUGCGAUUCGACUUCCGAGGCCGAUUCCUCUCCCCGCGCGUCAGUCGAUCGAUCCCAUCGACCAAGGGCCUUCACCAUCACGGCGAGGCCCCCGAGGCAGCCGGGUACACCAUCGCCGAACUGGCUCGGCUCGCGCGAAGCGCCGUCCCCGCUCAGCGGUGCAUGGCCUACCAGACUUUGGGGAGGAUCCUAUUUCGGUUGGGAAACGGGGAGUGGGGAAGGACGCAGGAUGAUCCGAUCGCCGGCGGUGUCUGGGACGCGAUGAAGAAAGGCAGGGUCCUCGACAGCCUUCACGAGGCCUCGGCGGGCGAAGGUGGCCAUCUCGGUAGCCGCGCCUAUGCCGUCGAAGCCCUGUGGCUGUUUGAGAAGGGCGGGUGGAAGGAGAGCCACCGGGGGCGAUAA